AUGGCAGGCACUAAUUAUUUUGAAGACUGGGAUUUGGGAGCAUCGAUGAAACAUGCCCUAGUACCUGGUGGUUCUAAUGGUGACGAUGACUUUGAAGAUGAGAGGAUAGCCAUUGGAUUAGAAGAUGUGAGCUGCCCUGUUAUACUGCUUUAG